AUGGUUCGAAAAAUCAAAGAAGAACUGAUGGAGAUGGAUGGAGCCGAAGAUCCUUAUGAUGAAGAUCGUGUGUACAUGGAGCCGGAGAUAGCCUUCAACGUAAGAGCCUAUCUUUUUUUAGAGGCCUUCUAUUUUUAGACAUUUGAUAUGCAAUUUCCGAAAGAUGUGAAGACUUACCUCAAAAGGAUUAAUGUAAAGCUUAUCAGUGAAGAAGCUGACGGAAUGGAGUUGGUCUUUGAUCUGCUACAUGUCGAGGCACCGGUUGCCAAUGCCUUGAGACGAGUUCUUCUGGCGGAAGUUCCAACUAUGGCUAUCGAGAAGAUUUAUUUGUACCAGAACACAUCCGUUAUCCCAGUAAGUUCUUCGAAAACCUGUGGGCCACACAAUAAAUCGUAUCAAAGCUAACUUUUUGUCUUAAGGAUGAAGUUCUUUGUCAUCGAAUUGGACUCCUCCCAGUCAAAGCUGAUCCCAGAGCUUUCAAUUUCCCUUCGAAACCUUUUGUCCCGAUCUCGGAAGCUGAAGAAGUCGAUUCAGAGCCAGCUGGAAAUGAAAGCGAGAAUGUGAUCUUGGAGUUUAAUGUGAAAUGCACCAAGAAAUCUGGCGUCCCAAAAGGCGAAACUGAUCCCGAGAAGGCCUUCGAGAACUAUAAGGUGUAUUCUGGACAAUUUGAUUGGAUUCCCAUUGGCAAGCAGUCUGAGACAUUCAAGAACAACAAAAUCUCCAUGGUUCAUGAUGAUAUUAUCGUAGCUAAGCUGAGACCAGGCCAAGAGAUAGAAGCAAGGCAAGUCUUUGCGUUUGUAUAACCUUACUCAUGUUUAGAUGCCAUUGUGUGAAAGGGAUCGGUCGAGAUCACGCCAAGUUCUCCCCUGUUUGCACAGCCACUUACAGAUUAUUGCCCGAAAUCAAAUUGAAGGCUGAGAUCGAAGGAGAGAAAGCCCUGCGAUUACAGUCAUGUUUCUCAAAAGGAGUAAUUGAAUUGGUGGAGAAGAAAGGUAACCAACUUCUGCAGUAAUACUCUAAAUUUAGGGAAAACGCUGGCAAAAGUGGUGGAUGCAAGGAAAGAUACCUGCAGCAGAAAUGUCUUCAGAUACGACGAUCUGAAGGACUUAGUGGAGUUGACCAAGAAGAAGGAUCAUUUCAUCUUUAGUGUGGAGUCUACGGGAGCCCUGAAGAGUCGGGAACUGGUCAAAGAAGCCUGCAAAGUCCUUAGAGAAAAAGCGCGGAACCUGCAUACUAUUCUGGACCAGAAACUGAAUUCCAUCAGUCAGAAACAAGACUAA